AUGUUAAUUUUUUACCAGGAUUCUACAUUGAGUCUUGAAUCUACUGUCGGAAAUGUUGCCACUCAAAACACUCAAACCAAAACUGAGCAACCCAAAGAAACAACACCCAAAGAAACUAAAUGGCCAAAAUUGGGAUUGUUUGACAGACUCAAGAACAGGCCAAAUAUCUCUCUACUCCAGGAACUCCUUCUGAGACUUGAACUUGUCCUCUUACUUGGCUACGUUUUUUCUACUGUAGUGGUAUUAACAUCAAGGUUCAAAACUCCAGGCUCCGAUAACCUUCUCAAAAAUUGUGAAACUGUAUCGAAGUCAUUUUCAUUAUUAUAUCUAUUGGUUGGAUUACUGCGCGAGAAGGGGAAACCACAGUUUAAUUCAGCCUGGUUCUCAGCACUUUCCAAUGACAACAGAGCCCACUACCUAAUGUACGGCUUAUUCUUCGUUCGGUAUCCAACCAAAUUCGUGUACACUUUACCCCAACUAGUUACCGCAUUACUGCUGCUAUCGUCAAUGUACAAGUCUUUUCCAUCUGUAUUCCCAACCCUAAUGAGGACGAACAAAGUCAAAGAAUUGUUAAUGAAAGUGGAGAACAAUAAAUAUCUUGUUUAUAAAUUCAGAGCCUAUCUCGAAUGCUCUCUGGUGCCGUAUUUGGCCCUUUGCCUGUUCACAGGAAGGACCAACAUGGUCCCACUAUUCCUGUACUUCUCUUUCUUGAGAAUGAAAGUCCACUCGAACGAUGUCUACCUACUCAAUAACUUCAAGACAUUACACAUGACUGUAUCGAAUUAUCUUAGUCGCCCCGGUGUGCCGCCAAAAUUAAGGAGUUUAUACCAAAAAGUAUAA